ACGGCUCCCAGCGUGCACUGCGACCGCCCACUUCCUGUUUACCCGGAAGUGACUGAUAGCGGCUGCCGGGGAAUUCGUUUCUGGGAGCUGAGAUAGUGAGCAAGAAGUAAAGUGAGAAGUGGAAGAGGAGGCCGGACCCAUGAGGGGGCGCUGUGGAGAUCUUGACAGCGGCUCAGAAGAUGGAGACCCCGAGAGGAGACCCCCAGUCAUCAGAAGGGGCGGAGCCUCGCCGUUUCAUCAUUCCAUCCCAGGAGCCGGAGGCAGCGCCGGUCCGCUCUCUGUUUCACGCCCAGACGGCGGUUCGGCCCACCAGUGUGGCGCCCGCAGGCAGUUACGCAGAUUACGUCUUUCAGAAAGAGUCUAAACUCCCUGAACGAAGACCCCAGAACCAGAAAUCUCCAGGGGAGACGUCUCAUGGGGAGCCGAGCGCACAGCGGGAUAAGAUCGAAUCGGUGCCCGAAUCCAAACCUCAGAGCGGGGACUCGACCCCGGAUCUAAAGGAGGAUCCCAAGACUGCGAUUGGUUUAUCUGUUGCACCAGUGGCUGCCCGAACGCUAAAGCCUGGAGGGGGGAGGAGCUGCAUCGUGGUCAGCCCCAGACAGAGGGGGAAUCCACUUCUGAAGCAUGUCCGCAACAUUCCCUGGGAGUUUGGAGAAAUCGUUCCGGAUUACCUCCUGGGGGAAACGUGCUGCGCUUUGUUUCUCAGUUUGCGAUAUCACAACCUGAACCCAGAGUAUAUCCACACGCGGCUGCGCUCUCUGGGCCAGUCCUAUGCGCUCCGCGUCCUGUUGGUGCAGGUGGACGUGAAAGACCCACAUUUUACCCUAAAAGAGUUGGCGAAGAUCUGUAUCCUGGCUGACUGCACCCUGAUCCUGAGCUGGAGUCCAGAGGAGGCGGCCCGAUACCUGGAGACAUAUAAAUGUUACGAACAGAAGCCGGCUGACGCUCUGAAAGAACGGACGGACGGCGACUUCGUGUCCAAGAUCACAGACUGUCUCACCACAGUGAAGUCCGUCAACAAGACCGACAGCGCCACCUUACUCACCACCUUUGGGACUCUCGCUGACCUGGCGAACGCAUCGCGAGAAGAUUUGUCUCUGUGUCCGGGACUUGGACCCCAAAAAGCCAAGAGACUGUUCGAUACGCUACAUGAACCGUUCCUGAAAGCCAAAAAGUAACAACAGUCAUGUGACCCAUGAACCGCCCAUCCUCACACACAACAUGGAGUCGCUGGAUUUUUUUUUCCGAAUAAUUUAUUUUUAUUGUGUACGAAAUAUAAAGGGGGUACAGUCCGUAUAAUAAAUGUUCUAUUACUGCUGAAUACUAAAGGAGUUCUUAUUAUCACAGUAGUCCGGAGCGUUAAAGACUGGAAACCGCCAACGCGACGAGCGCCGUACGGUCGGGCACAUCACCGGUACGGACAGGUAUACACACUAACACAGGGUAGACAGGAGUGCCGGCUCCUCAGCACUGCCAGGUAUUGCUUCAGGACACGUACAGAAGACGUUACGGGACACGGAGCGGCGGGGACCUGUCUGAAUGGCGCAUAAUUCGUGUAGCACAGCGCUCGUCUCCCCCCUAUAGACACGGAACGGCAGCGCAUAUGCAUGACCGCCGAUUCAUUUCUGUAGGAUCAUGGGGAACAAUACACCGCUCCCCCUCUCCUGUAAAUAGGGAUGUAUCCAGAUGGCGGCACAACCUUUUAGAUUUUGCGCGAUUAAUAUCGCAACUGCAGGAACCAAAGCGGCGGUCACAGUGUGAAUAAACCCUUAGGCUAUGUUCACAAGGCGGAAUUUCCACAAUUUUGCGGGGAUUGCUGAACGGAAUUCUGCCGAAAUGUCGGCGUAAUUCUGCGUUUUCUAAAUACAGAAUUUCGCUGAAAUUCAAGAUCCAUUGAUUUGAAUGGGAUUUCGCCGCGGAAUUCCGCAAAAUAGAAGACUGGUCUAAUGUGUUGAAGGAAAACGGAAUUUUUGCGGCUGAAUGGGCCUGCGGAAAUCAAUGUGCAGUCAAUUAUGGCAGAAAUUCCGCCGUGUCAACAUAUACUUAUAUUCCAUAGAGUCAAAUCUGGUAAAGGAGAACCCCCCCCCCCCCCCCCUGGGAAUAAUAGGGAUCGGUCCCGGAGGGGUCAACAGGGGCCAUGCAUGUUGCAAAACUACAACUCCCAGCAUGCCCGGACAGCCGUUGGCUGUCCGGGCAUGCUGGGAGUUGAAGUUUUGCAACAUCUGGAGGGUCACAGUUUGAGACCACUGCCUUAAAUCAAUACAGUUCCCUUUUCCGUUUUCAAUGUGAACCGUAUUGAAAACCUUAUGCAAACGAUGCAUCCAGUUGUGUCAGUUUUUAUUUCUCGUACCCAAAAUCAUAGUCUACCACGAUUUUUGGUCCGAAUGAAAAACAGUGUACAUUUUUUUAUUUUUUAUAACAUGGGAGUCAAUGGGAACGCAUCCGGUUCGCACCAUCCAGUUUUUUUUUUCUUGGAAUUUCAAUAAAACAAGUGAAACUUUAUUCAUAAUGGAAAAGUUAAAAACGUAAAUGGUUUCUUUUCUUAAAGACAGAAUUUUUUAAAACCGUAUACGGGUUAAAAAUUUUUUUUUUAAACAUGGGAGUCAAUGGGAACCGUACAGAACCAUAUGUGCGUACGGUUCCAUACGGUUUUUGACUUUGCACAGUUUUUUUUUCAUGGAAUUUCAAUCUAACAAGUGAAACUUUAUUUAUGAUGGAGUGAAAAGUUAAAAACGUUUUUCGGUUUCUUUUCUUAAAAAACGGAUGCAACCGGAAAUCAUUGUUUAAAUCGCAUACGGGUUAAAAUUUGUAUUCACGUUUUGAUAUAGUUUAGACUGUUUUUGAGGAAUCCAUUUUGCAUCAAAAACCUGAUACGGGAACUGUAUUGCAAAAACGUGGUGUGAAUGCAGCCUAACUCAGUCCUCCCCUUCCUGCAGCUGAUCAGUUGUUCCUUUCGACUGUCCGGUCAUGCUGGGACUUGUAGUUUUUGAACAGCUGAAGAAGCCACAGGAUGGAGCACGUCACCUAUACUGCCACAGCGCCCCUGGUGGUCACAUAAAGAAGUAAGAAAAGGGCCCGCAGGUAAAUCGACUGUAGUGUCACCUCAAAUAGAGCGAUCCCGAUCCUGUUUAGGGUCACUUGUGGCCCAUUGGGGCCCCUCAUGUCCGGCUCCUGAAGACGUCAUUCAGGGCUUUAAAUGUAGGGACGGGCUCCCCUAUAUCAGUAAAGACUGCGCUACUGUGUAUGGCUGCAGCAUGACACUGCAUGGUUAAAGGGGUGUCCCAGUUCUCAGGAUAGACGGAUGGGUCCGACCCCCCUAAAUCAGCUGAUUGAAGGGUCCGGGGCACUAUGGGAAAUGCUCCGCCCCCCUCCUUGCUUUGUACAUUUUGCAGCAGCUGUUCCUGGAGAACAUAAUACAGGAGAUAGGAGUCGGACCCCCGGAGAGGUCUGGACUGGAGACCCCUCCCUUUAAAAGGGUUAAACAGAAGCUGCACAGAAUAUGUAAUAAAG